AUGAACCCAGAGCACGUUCAACAUCUUAGUCGAAUGCAAGUUGAUCUAGUAAGGGACCUCAAUAAUAUUGAAGCUAUAACUGACUACCUCGUUUCUGAACAAAUUCUUUCGAGAACGCAAGCAGAGCAAAUCCUUUCUCAAAUCUCUACUUCAGAUAAAACCCGAAGUCUUCUCAAUACUAUUGUGCGAUGCGGCCCCGACGCUUAUCAGGCCUUCGUAUCUGCCCUUUCUAAGACUGAUCAACUGUCUCUUGUGGAGAAAUUGGCCACUGUAAGUGUGAACGCUCAGUCACUUCCACCUCCGCCACAGUUAAAAGCCCGAAUAAAUGACAUUGGACGUCGUCCGCAAUCAUUAGCAGUAUAUCCUGUCACCUCCAACCCACGUGGUUACAUCCUUCUCGUUAAUGUGUCAAAGUUUAAGGUGGGCUGUGGUUUAAACGAACGAGUGGGUUCGUUAGAGGACGUUUCGGCUCUGCAAGCACUGUUCAGUGACAUUGGAUAUUGUGUUGAAGUUCUUCUAGACCCCGAUUUUAGGUCGUUGGAUUCAAGCUUAAAGGCGUUCAUAAGAAGCCCUAAUCACAACAAGGUGGACGCUGGAGGCCUUAUUGUAAUGUCGCAUGGACUGCAAGAUUAUAUUUACACAUCAGACGGGAAGCUUUUUGCUAUUAAUGACAUCCUCAACGUUUUCACCAACAAAUCCCUGCCAGCGCUUGCAGGGAAGCCCAAGUUUAUUCUCUUUCAGGCUUGUAGAGGGGAAGAAAAAGACCGUGGCUGCAUGCUCACAUCAGACGUCACUAGAGGUAUUCCAUCCCCUAUAGAGUUUGUGGACGCCCCGACAAAAAACGCUUCAUGGAAGUGUUUGCCUUAUAUGAGUGACUGCGUAAUUGCUUACUCAACCCUCCCCGGCUUUGUAUCCUGGCGAUGCGAGAAACAAGGGAGCUGGUUUAUUCAAGUUCUAGUCGAUGUCUUCCGUAAGUACGCCUCCACUUUUCAUGUGCUCGAAUUAUUAACCGAAGUCAAUCGGCGCAUGGUAGAGGAGUCUCAACACCGCGAAUUCAAGCAAAUCACUCAGCCAUCAAAUACGCUUACUCGAGCUUUCUAUCUCUCAACCUCGCAUUUCUCAUCAAUUUAA